AGGAUUACUAGAGGCACACGCGGAAGUUCGUCUGGACUGCAGCCUUGCGUUUUUCGAGCACAUCAUGAGAAAUAUCAUGUUCAUCUUCACUAAACUUAUGAUUAAGAUGUUUUAAUAUCUUAAAAGGCAUAAUGAGCGGCACGUGCAGGGAGGUGGUCACACUCCAGCUGGGACAUUAUUCCAACUUUGUCGGGACGCACUGGUGGAAUUUACAGGAUGCGGGUCUGGUUUAUGAUGCGGUGGUGCCGGAGGGUGAGCUGCAGAGUGACGUGAUGUUCAGAGAGGGUCUGACGCUGGGGGGUCACGUGACAUACACCCCCCGACUCAUCGCCAUGGACCUCAAAGGAAGUCUUCAGACGCUGAGGAAGCAGGGCAGUCUGUACGACACAGAGAAUGAAAACACCACCUUUACAUGGCAAGGACAGAUUAUGACCCACAAAGAAAGUCCUCCCACCAAAAACCCUUUCCUAAAGGAUCUCGACAAUCUAGAUACGGGAGGUUUACUAGCAGAUCCAGGUUUCACGUGUCGUUCCUCUGCGGUGGGUCACAGCUCAGUGGCCAGCGCAGGAGCGAGCGUUGCCAUGGAGACGGUGAACAGCAGUCUGGAGCGGAUACAGAAAUCCUAUAGGCUGGAGGGAAGCGUGAGGGUGUGGUCAGAUUUCCUGAGGAUCCAUCUACAUCCUCAAACCAUCUCCGUCAUUAACCGGUACAACCAUGACGGUGAGUCUGAGCGUCUGGAAGCAUUUGGCCAGGGGGAGGCGCUCUUACAGGGUCCAGUGCUGGAGGAUCUGGAGGAUCGGCUGCACUUCUUCGUGGAGGAGUGUGACUAUCUGCAGGGCUUUCAGGUGUUGUGCGACCUCGCUGACGGUUUUUCAGGCUUGGGGUCAAAGGUCACAGAGUUGUUGAAGGACUCUUACGGAGGGCGUGGCAUCCUCACUUGGGGCGUGGCACCUGUCAAUCACCCAGAAUCGAGCCCUAUAAAGGACUUGUACCACAUGCUGAACUCUGCGUUAGGAACACUCCAUAUGGCCAAUCACAGCUCGUUCUUCUGCCCUUUGACCCUGAGAGGUGGACUGGGGAGGCGUCCUCAUCCGCCCACAACUUUCCCGCUGAUCAAUUAUGAUCCGACGCUGUGGUUUCACUCCAGCUCAGUUCUGGCUCUGGCUCUGGACAGCAUGACGGUGUCGUACAGACUGGGACAGGCCAGCGCCCCCAUGUGGCAGCUCUCGGACGCUCUGACCGACUCGGGAAGGAAGGUGGUUUCAGCUUAUGGCUCUGUUCCGUUUCCCAUGAUGCAUGGCAGCUGCCUCCCUGAGGCUCUGGAUGCUUUUGCUGAUGCGUUACCGUGGAAACCCCUGUCUGCGUGUCCUGAGCUCGGCGACGGACGCUGUUUCGGCCAAUCGGUGACUCUGAAAGGUUUCGGUGGGCAGAGUCUAGUCAGUCCUCCUCUCCCGGGCGUGGAGCCGCCCAGUCCUCUGCACUACGAGCGCUCUGGAGAAGACGUGCUGGCGACGUACGUCAGGUUACGUUACCCAUCAUCCCCACUGGCGGUGCAGCUGCUGUCCAGCCCCAGUAAACUCACCCCUCCAUUCCCACAGAUCUUCAGUCCGGAUCUGGGUCCGCAGGGUUUCCUCCAGAACCAGUCCGCUCCUCCUGCCACUCCCUCUCACUCGGUCAGUAGUCUUCCAGUCCUGACGUCUCUCCAGUCCAGUCCUGCUGUGGGUGUCCAGCUGUCCGAGCUGCAGAAAGCAUGUGCUGCGCUGGACCUGCGCCGCGUGACCCCCAGCUUCCUCUCUCACGGGCCGGAACUGGGCGAGCUCACCGAAUCCCUGGAGCAGCUCCUGAACCUCGCGCACUGCUACCGCCUGGACCAUUCCCGUUCUUCAUCGGAUGAUGAUGACUGAUGAAAGCUCGUCCAUCCUCCCACUGUAGAGUCGGGUCAGAGACCCAAUCAGCCCCGAUUAUCAGUCAUGUCCGGAAUGGACUGUCGCUCAGCUGCGUUCACGGCAUGUUCCCUCUGGGAAUUAUGGGAUAUGAGCUCACUAACCCUUCAAAACAGCACAAACACUUAGAAGACUGUGAGAAGUGCAUGUCUCUGUAUAUGUAAACCUCAUUAAACCUGCUUUUCUAGAGCUUAAUUGUGUAGAAGUAAAAUAUUUUUCCUUCAUAUAAAUUAUUGCUUAAUUAUCAAAUAUGCCUGUUAUACCCUUCAAGAAAGUUAACGGUUAUUAUUGUGAAUGGACAUGCACCUUCAUCGAACACUUGUUUAUUUGACUGUAAGGUUUUUGCUGUGGUCUGAUUAUGAAGGAAAUAUACACUUAUAACAUUAA